AUGUUUUCCUUUGCAAAGAAAUUGGUUGACAGACUUGAAGGAAAUGUUCCCCAAGAACAACCUAUCCAAAAUGACGCAUACUUUAAAGAUGCUCUAGAAAUAAAUAACAAGGGGUAUGGUCUUCGAGUGUUGAAAGUUAAUCCUCAUUCAAUUGCCCAUUCCAAAGGUUUCGAGUCCUGGUUUGAUUAUAUAAUAAAAAUAAAUAAUCAUGAGUUGCCUAUGACCUAUCCUUCUUUAUCCACUUACACGUACAGUAUUAGUGAUGAUGGAACAUUAAACUAUGGUAGUGGUGCUACAAGUGAACAAGCUGGAUCCAUUAAUUUUGAAUUGUUAUUGCAAGAGAUUUCAACAUUGGUUCAACAUGAUCAAGAGCUUAUUGUUGAUGUCUGGAGUGCCAAAGGUGGGGUAGUCAGACAGAUUGUCCUACCACUUCAACCACCUCCCACAGCAACUCCCACCACCACUGAAACAGGAUCAGUACAACAAUUGUUUGAAAAUAAGUUCAAACAAUUUGGUUUGACUUUACAAUCUGCCCAUUUGAAUUCAGCAACAUUUGUAUGGAGGAUAUUGACUACCCAUCAAGGGUCUCCGGCUUUCAUGGCUCAAUUAGUUCCUCGUUCCGACUAUAUUAUCGGAUGCGACUCAGCAUAUCCUGAUGAUGAAUAUGGUAAAGGUUUAAUAAUAGGAGGCGGUGAAGCAUUGUUGUCAAAGACAGUUUCGAGCUACUACAACUAUCAUUAUUCAAUUUCAAAAGAAGACAAUAUUCCCAUAACUUUUUACGUUUAUAAUCAUGAAUAUGAUAUUCUUCGUCCUGUCACUGUCAACCUUUGUCGAAGUUGGGGUUCUGGACAUGGUAAAGGAUUAUUGGGAUGUGAUGUCGGGUAUGGCUAUUUACAUCGGAUUCCAGAAGUGAUAGGAAAGUUCGAAAAUAACACAAUUACUGAGAAUCCAAUUUUUGAGUCAAAUAAAGAAUUUACUUAUGACCUUAACCAAAAACCUGAUUCUCAACCAUCCGUGUUUGUUCCUCCAAGUGUUCCUUUAUCUGAAGUUGCUGCUAAUAAUACAGUCAGUCCUAAACCGCCAAAUGUUCCCCCAAUUACAACCACUCUUCCACCACUUGCAAGUACCCCAAGAUCGCCUACUAGAUUAGCAACUGCUCGAAAGAAGAAGCAUGCGUUAUCCGCUGACCUUGGAGGAUUGAGCGACUAUAUGAAUGAAGAAUUGCAAAAAUCAAAAAUAAAAGACGAUGAAUUUAAAACUCAUUCUUCGGAAAGUGUUACUGCCCCACCCCCGCCCCCUCAUUCAUCAACAGUUUCUAAAUAG